CCCACCCACACGCCCGGCACGACGCGAGUUUACGCACGCCGUGCCUUUUACGGCGCCGUAAAGCAGCUCAACCGAGCCGACGGUCGCGGUUCUCGGGUGGCGGUAUGGAGGCGCGCUUCACGCGCGGGAAGUCAAUGCUUCUGGAGCGCGCGCUGGCGCGUUCGCGCACCGAAGUGAGCCUGAGCGCCUUUGCAUUGCUCUUCUCUGAGCUGGUGCAGCACUGUCAGAGCCGUGUCUUCUCGGUGGCUGAGCUGCAGGCGCGCCUAGCUGCGCUGGGCCGCCAGGUGGGCGCUCGCGUGCUAGAUGCAUUGGUAGCACGCGAAAAGGGUGCCCGGCGUGAGACCAAGGUGUUGGGCGCACUACUCUUCGUCAAGGGCGCCGUGUGGAAGGCGCUCUUUGGCAAGGAGGCUGACAAGCUGGAGCAGGCCAACGACGACGCUCGCACCUUCUACAUCAUUGAGCGCGAGCCGCUCAUCAACACCUACAUCUCUGUGCCCAAGGAGAACAGCACGCUUAACUGUGCCAGCUUUACGGCAGGCAUUGUAGAGGCUGUGCUCACGCACAGUGGCUUCCCUGCCAAGGUCACAGCACACUGGCACAAGGGCACCACUCUCAUGAUCAAGUUCGAGGAGGCAGUCAUCACCCGAGACCGGGCCCUGGAGGGUCGCUGACCCCAUGGGCGAUAAAGGAUGCAGAUCACCCCCUC